CGAUGAUAUACUUCCAUUUUAGGUGACAGUGUUUACAGUGCGGAUUUCUCGAAAGGACUAACAUAGGAUCUUGAUAUUUGUGAAGUUUUACCUUAUAUGAUGCAUCCCCUUGACGGAGGGAGUCCAGUUUUAUACCACUUGUUAACGUUAUGUUUUAGUGCAAUAUAUUGUAGUGCCUCGGAAGUAGAUAAACAUCUUGAACUCGGUAAAGCAUUUCUUGCUAAAGGGCAAUUUUCUGAUGCUCUUACGCAUUAUCAUGCUGCGAUAGAACUCGAUCCUACGAAUUAUCUCACACUUUACCGAAGGGCCACCGUCUAUCUUGCCAUGGGUAAGAGUAAGCAGGCCGUCCCAGAUCUCGAUAGAGUCGUCGAACUCAAGCAUGAUUUCACGGCGGCGCGAAUACAACGGGGGAACGUCUUGUUUAAACAAGGUGAAAUUGAUCUAGCAGAAAACGAUUUUCAUGCUGUGUUAGCGGUGGAACCUUCAAAUAGUGAAGUAUCGGCUAAAUUAGACAACAUUGCUGACCUUCGGCAGUAUAUUCACCAAGCGAAAUCGUUUUACGAUCAUAACGAUUUGCAUUCCGCUGAAUACUACCUGAAUAAAGCAUUAGAGCAUCUUGUCUGGGAUCCAUCAUUAUACCGGUUACGUGCGAAGUGCUUGGAAGCACGAGGUGAAAUCCGCAAAUCGAUAGCUGACAUGCGAACGCUUACAAAAUUGGUAGCUGAUAGUACAGAUGACAUUUUAAAGAUUUCCCAACUCUACUAUGGAAUAGGAGAUGUUGAAGAAUCACUUUCUCAAAUCCGAGAGUGCCUUAAGUUGAAUCCUGAUCAUAAAGAAUGCUUCCCAUUUUACAAAAGAGUUAAAAAACUCGCCAAAAUGCGAGAAUCUUUGAAUGAUGCCAAACAAAGAGAAGACUGGAUGGCUUGUCUUGAGAAAGGCCAACAAAUUUUGAAAUUCGAAAGCAAGGUGCUGCCUAUCCAAAUGGAUACUUUCCGGCAUUUGUGCAAGUGCAAUAUGGAGGCGGGUCACAUCGCUGAAGCGAUACAACAAUGCACUGAGGUGUUGACAAGUAGCGAUGAAAAUGAUGUGGACGUUCUUUGCGACAGAGCUGAGGCGUAUCUGUUGGAUGAACGAUAUGACGAAGCUAUCGAGGACUUCCAAAAAGCUCAGAAAGUAAAUGAAGAAUCGAGGCGUGCUCGCGAAGGUUUGGACAAGGCGCAAAAAUUGAAGAAACAGGCUGGAAAGCGAGAUUAUUACAAGAUCCUUGGAGUGAAAAGAAAUGCUAGUAAACGCGACAUUACGAAGGCGUAUCGAAAAAUGGCGCAAAAAUGGCAUCCUGACAAUUUCAAUGAUGCUGCUGAGAAGAAGAAGGCUGAGGCAAAGUUCAUCGACAUUGCAGCGGCCAAGGAAGUAUUGUCUGAUGACGAGAAACGUGCCCAAUAUGACCAAGGAAUCGAUCCCCUUGACCCAGAGGCACAACAACAGCCGCACUUCCAUCAUGGAUUCCCCGGAGGUUUCAUGUUCCGGGAAGGCGGCGGACCAUUCAGUUUCAAGUUCAACUUCUAACUCUAGUCAGGGGAUUCUCUAUCUUCGGGGUCUCAGCUGUGAUCAAGUUAUAUACAUAACAUGAAAUUACGUGUGAUACGUUACACCGACGUAGUUCGCCGUCGAGCCAUAGUAAUGACUGUUGUCAUUUAUGGCACAUCGCCUUGCUUUAUUCUCUUUUAUUCUCUUUGGUUUUCUUUGUAAUAAUUUUGCUUCUUUUACAUGUCAACUCUUGGCUUUCAGUUUCAGCGCAUACUCAUCGUAUGCAAAUCUUCUAUUUUUGUGCCUUCUAUGCUCUUCUAAGUACCUAACGUAGAGGAUUUUUUGAACUAUGAACUAACUCACGGCGGUAGUCAGUAUGUUUUACGAUUUGAGAUAUUAGGAGUACGGGCUAGUCCAAAUUCAAAGAAAAUGGCAUACAUGUGAAUUGCGCUGAUUUUGUCUUCGUGUAUGUUUUAUGAACAUUUUAUUUUUAUUCGAAAAUGGGUAUAUUUCGCGUUUGUCCUUUGACCUAAUGCGACGUAAUUGAUUUUGCUCUCUGGUAUCAUCUGUACGGCGUUUUCGACCCCCUACCGAUAAAGGUUCGAUAACAGCAGCAUAUUGGUCCUUUUUGAGUUAGCGUCUUGGCUGUAGACAGCGAUGUGUCUUCCUUCACUUCAUCGCCGAAUUUUCACUAGCUUUGUUCACAUGAUAAAGUUUGAUAAGUUUAUAUGUUUUCACACUAUGGCAAUUCCUCAUUUCCCAGAGUGUCAUCGUAUUGUUAUGUUUCUAAUCGCUUUGCCACAUGCGUCGGAAUCGGUAAUAAAAUGGUUUUCUUCUAGCUGUUCGUUGAUUCGAAUAAAAGGUGUAAUUCC